AUGUCAUAUUUAAUUAGUUCGAUAUUUCGGCCGUCUGAAAUUAUUGCUUUAAUACACUACAAAUAUUUUCAAUUAACGAAUAUAAUACAAAUUGAUCCAAAAAAUAAAAACAAGAAAAGAUGUUAUGAAUUUUUGAGACAGACUUCUUGUUCUUACGCAACGCUUAUUCAAAAAAUUCACGAAGACUUAAGGGAUGAGACUUGUAUAUUUUACUUAAUUUUGCUUGGUUUGGAUACAAUCGAAGAUGAUAUGACGAUUCCCAUUGAAAAGAAAGAGCCAUUGUUAAGAAAUUUUCAUGAUAUAAUUUUUAAAAAAGGAUGGACUUUUACAGGAAACGGUCCUGAUGAAAAAGAUCGACAGUUGCUUCUUGAAUUUGAUAUUGUAAUUGAUGAAUUUUUAUUUAGAGAUAUUAUAACAGAUACCACCAAGGAAAUAGGAAAUGGAAUGGCAGAUUAUGCUAAUGAUGCU